AUUAUGUUUGAAGGUAAAAAUUUCGCAGUGUAUUGUAAUAUGAAGCCAAUUAUUUUGGAUGCUAAUAAAAUUAAAUUGUUUGGUGUGCAUAGUGAGGAAUUUCAAAUAAAAUCUUGAAACAAUUUUGCAGAAAUUAGAGUUUUUUUGUUGUAAUAAAUUUACCUCUCCUAAAAAGAUCAUUCAAAAAAGACAAAGUUGGGAAUAUUGUAUACACAGGAAAAGAAUUAAUAACAUUGUUGAGUAAAGGGACAGGAAAUGAUGAACAACGGGUUUAGUUCUGGGGAGGAAGACUCUCGUGGAGGACAUACCGAUCAAACUUGUUGUCUGAUUGAUGACAAUGAGCGGUGUCGAAAUCCUGCAGGUUAUGCGUCAUAUAGCAAACGCAUACAGAAAACUGUGUCACAGAAACGUUUGAAAUUAAGUAGCGAUCCCACGGCUCAGCAUAUAUAUAUAUGUGACUAUCAUAAGGGUAGAAUACAAUCUGCUCGUACUAAACGACGCCGGAAGGACUCUGAAGAAGAUAGCAAUGAGACGGACACUGAUAUGCCUGAAGUUCCCGAUCUCUAUCAACUUCAAGUGAAUACACUACGUCGCUACAAACGCCAUUAUAAAGUGCAAACAAGACCUGGUAUGAAACGCGCGCAACUGGCUGAUACUAUAAUGAAACAUUUUAAAACCAUACCAAUAAAAGAAAAGGAAAUUAUUACCUAUUUCGUGUACAUGGUUAAAUCAAAUGCAAACAAAUUGGAUCAGAAAAAUGGUAUUGGCAAUGACACUACUUGAUUGGACUGUUUUUCAAACACAAUCUGAGUACUGUGGUGCUGUAAAAUACAAAUACUUUACAACUACAAUAUAUCAUUUAAGUUUAAAUAUUCUUCCGAUAUUUUAAGUUAA